AUGUCACAACAAAAGCAACAACUCUCAGAGCUGCCAAAUGCUCCGAAAUGUUCACCUCCUCAAGGCCCAAACCUCUGUCUGACUACCUGUUCAUCUUCUGGUGGGACUUCUUGUUCGGCAGGCUGUUCUUCCCACUCAACAAGGCCGAAGCUUCAGAAUGCUGUCCCCCGCAAGAAAAUUCACCACCCACAGCCUCGCUGUCUUAGGGGUGGUACCACCUACCACUGCAAGGAAGAAGAGUGUUAA